AUGGAGGCAGCAAUCAGCAAAAUUUGUGGUUUGGAGCAGCCAGAUAAGAUUGUCUGGAGGGAAGAGAUAAUAGAAGUGAUGAGCAAGGUAUUGUGUGAGAUGGAGAGGCAAAGAUUUACAGAGUUUUUGGACCCAUUCCAGAGAGUCAUCCAGCCAGAAGAGAUCUGGCUCUAUAAAAAUCCAUUGGUGCAAUCAGACAAUAUACCGACGCGCCUCAUGUUUGCAAUCUCUUUUCUCACACCCCUGGCAGUCAUUUUUGUGGUGAAAAUCAUCCGGCGAACUGACAAGACUGAAAUUAAAGAGGCCUUUUUAGCGGUUUCCUUGGCUCUAGCUCUGAAUGGAGUCUGCACAAAUACUAUUAAAUUAAUAGUUGGAAGACCUCGUCCCGAUUUCUUUUACCGCUGCUUUCCAGAUGGAGUAAUGAACUCUGAAAUGCACUGCACAGGUGAUCCUGAUCUGGUAUCUGAGGGCCGAAAGAGCUUUCCCAGCAUCCACUCUUCCUUUGCAUUUUCAGGCCUGGGCUUUACAACCUUCUACCUAGCUGGGAAGUUGCACUGUUUCACAGAGAAUGGGCGUGGGAAAAGCUGGCGACUCUGUGCAGCGAUCCUGCCUUUGUACUGUGCCAUGAUGAUUGCCCUGUCGCGCAUGUGUGACUACAAGCAUCACUGGCAAGAUUCCUUCGUGGGUGGAGUAAUUGGCCUCAUUUUUGCUUAUGUUUGCUACAGACAGCAUUAUCCUCCUUUGGCUAACACAGCUUGUCAUAAACCUUACGUCAGUCUUCGAAUUCCAAGUUCCUUGAAGAAAGAAGAGAGACCUACUGCAGAAAAUGCUUCUGGGAUGCCACUUGAGGGAAUAACAGAAGGACCAGUAUGAUGGGCGCACAGGAACAUUGAGACAUUUUAGCCCUGGUCACGUUCUCUAUCUUUCCCCCCUUAUAACAUCAUAGAAAAGAUUUCUCAUAGUAUGUUUUUCAUCUGUUGUUUUCUAAAGUUAUCCUUUGAGUGAUCUUCUUCUUGCUUCCAUUUGGCAUUUGGAGUCUAAGCUGUUUGUUUGAGAUAUCUAUUUUCGAUUUAAUUGAGUUGGCAAAGAAAAACAAAA